AAAUAUUUAAAAGUAGUGCCAAAUGUUAAUGUCACACGGAACGUAGUCAAGGUGACAACAUUAUAAUUCUAAUUUAAAGUCGAAGGUUCAAACUUCAAAACUUCAAUUUCAAUUUAUCAAGUUACCAACAGCCAAUAAAUUACAAACAAAAUAAAUAAAACGGUUGUUUAUGUGCGUUGAGUAUUGUAGAAUUACUUUUUAUAUUAAGUGGCAAGUGCAAAAAAUUACUUAUAUCAUACAAAUAUAAUGGCUUUAGUUUAUUUUCGAGUAACAUUGUGGAAUUUCUGUGAUGAGUGAGACCGACGACACCGAUGUGCUUUUGCUGAUACCACCCAAUUUCUUUCUAGUUUAUAGCUCAGGUUCUGAGGAUUCUUUUCUCGAAUCCUCUAGAACAGUAGUUCAUAAACCUGUUUCUUGCACUGCUCAAGUCAUUGGCAAACUGGUUGACCAAGUCCAGUCUCUAGAAUCCCGUUUGGAAUCGUUAGAACUGGACACAAGUAACGCAUUUUCUAGUGUUGGUUCUGCUAAGCGUAAGGUAUGGGAUUUGGAAAGUCUUGACAGUCGGAGUCUUGAUCGAAAAUGUUUCACUUUCCCGCGCAGACGGCGUCGUAAACUUAGAAAAGAAAGAACUAAAGACGUCUCUUUGACCAGUCUUGAUACAGUCACUACUAAUAAUAAUAAUAUUUACUCAUUAAAAUAUAAGACCGAUCUUGAAUAUAAGCGUAUUGAACAUUUAAAUGACGCCCAAAGCAUGGACGGAGACAUCAGCAGCAUAGUAUCCACACCUAGUAAAAAGAACGACAGACUUCUUCUUCAUGAGAUAGAUGAGUUCCUCACAAAGGUCGAGUCUUAUGAUAUACCAGAACCAAAAAAGGAACAGAGCGUAAGUCCCGAAAAUGUUAUCAAAGCAACAGGUGAUUAUUUAUCUCAAAAACUGGAAACCAAGAAUAUGGAUGAAGUCCAAUUACCAAGUGGCCGUAUAGUGCCGAGUACGGUUCUCGAUAAAUAUAUUUAUUUGGUUAAAAACAGCGGCAACCAAGCUGUACAAAGCACAUCAUCGAAUGUACGAUCCGACAAUGAUGUUACAAGUUAUACUGCGCCUUCGAGGGCUAAACAAGACACAAAAUCCCCUAGCAUUAGAAGAUUGAAUUUUGCUGAAAGUAGAGAUGUACAACCUACAUCAACACCUAAAAAAAAUACGCAAAUUAGUUCGAAUUAUUCAGACUCAUUCAAACCAUCUUCAAAUAAGAUCCUAGACAGAGCUUCAAAAGUGUUAGAACAUUAUAAGUCACAAAGCUAUAGCCAUAAUACUCAAAGUUCCGUAACAGAUGCUAGUGAAGUAAUAUCUUUAAAGAGAGAACAAUUUAAAAUGCCACAAAUGAGACCGUUUGAUUUAGAUAACAGGAAUUUUAAAAUUGACUCAAUAGAUACAGAUUUGUUGAGUUUAAGUGAACUUUGGGGGGAGAAAGGAGAUAGAGUUGAGAAAGUGGAAAGUAUAAAAUUGGAAGAAGAGAGAUUAAAACGAGAGCACUGUGAAGCAAUGAUCCAGCAGUUGCAAAGGAAAGUACUAGAACAGCAAGAAAAAAUAGCAGUGGCUCUAAAAGUAGACAGAGCAAAAGAUACUGCGAUCAACAAGCUCAGAGAAGCAUGGCUCCGACUCACUGGCAGCCUUGAUAGAGCCGAAGAGAGACACCGAUCAGCCCUGGACAAAAUGGUUCAUGAAGUAGAAAACUUUAAAAUGGUUGCUGGUGAAGCACAAAAGAAAACAAACCAAUUCGAAACAGAACUGUACAAAGCACUCGACCUCGCUCAUGAUUACCAAGAUAAAUGUAAAAAAUUGACAGCGGAGAAGAAUGAAUUACAAGAAAAUAUGAAAAAAAUUAUCGAAGAUAAAGAUGAUGCCAUUAACUCGAAAGAAAAAGAAAUGGUUGUUUUGAAAGAGAAUUAUGAAACAGUAAUGAGGUUGAAUAAGCAGUCAACGGACUGUGUUCAAAAUCUUGAAGAUGCAUUAGAGAAGGAGAGAUCGGAGCACCAAUCGACAAAAUCUAAAAUUAUUGAAUUGAAUCGUAAAUUAGAAGCAAUGAGUGAUGAGAAACAACUCGUACAAGAUGAAAGGGACAUACUCAAGGAUAAGGUCAACGAGGAGAGGUCGAGGUGCAACUUGCUGGAGCGACAGCUCUGUGACGCUCAGACUCAAGUCGGUGAUCUUUUGAAGAGAUGCGAUACCAUGGACAACGAAGCGAAGACUCUCCGUAAGCACCUGGAGCUACAGAAAACCGAACUUAAGAGUCACUACCAGCAACAGCUGGAGGACGCCGUGCUGGGCAAGCUCCAGGAGUUCCAGAGGCAGCUCGACCUCGCCGAGCAGGACAUGGAGCUGGUCGCCAGAAAUAAGGAGACGGCCAUCGUCGAUACAUUCAAUAAACAGAUUGUAAGGAUCGAAGAGCAACACAAACUUGAAAUCAAUGUUUUAGAAGAGAAACAGAAAGAAGAGAUCAAACUGUAUAGAUUGCAACUCGCUCAAGCCAACGAGCAGAUUGGCCUAUUGGAGAGCCGGCUGGAGAGCUACCGGCGGCGGCGCGCGCGGCUGGCGGCGCAGCUGCACGGCGUCAUGCAGGCGCAGUGGCGGCAGGCGCUGCGCCUGCUCACGCACGGACACGCGCGCGCGGUGUCAGUGACGUCACCCGUACACGCACACACGCAGGCGGAGCACGCGCACACCGACUCACUCUUGGACAACGUCAGCGACCAAGAGCUGCAACAAUACGUUAAAAUGCUUCUUAUGAAGCCACCUAACUUCGAUACGGAUUCUCCCCCCGACCCGAUUGACCCUAAAGACCUGAACGAAGAACCGACCAGCGACAGACCGGACCGGCAAGAUAGGAGGGACAAGGUGAAACGAAGUCUUAACGCGUGCAAACCGCCGUGGAAAGCUUAGCCUUGAAUAAAUAGUUUUAUUGUGUUUUAUUUAUUUAAGUGGCUGUGGUAAGGCUCAUUUAAGUGACCGUUGGUACGUAUGCUGCAAUCGGGGAAUCCCCGCAGGCAUCGCAACCGCAAACCGUCAUUUGAAUUCCUUUUUUUUUUCGACCAAUGAAAUUGGUUCCUCAAGACCUUACAAGUCGAACCUAACUUACCCGAUCUUAGUUUCAAUUAAUAAAGUAAGUUGUUCGAAGUUUCAUAAUUAUGUUCCAUUUAUAAAUAAUUAUUAAGAAAUUAAGAAUGUUCGAGACAUAUUUAUAUCAAACUAACCAUUUCGUUAUACUUCGUUGCCUGUUACAAAGCCCUUUUAACAUGCAAUUUAUUUUUUUAAAAGGUAACGUUACUUUGAAAUACUUUAUGUUGACCGCCAUGUUUGUUUAGCUCCGUCCAUAUUGUGUUAUAUUUAAAUAUGCCGUCUUUACAGGAAAUUCACGUCAUUGUCAAGAGAGCGAAUCCAUAUUUCAUUUGUCUUAGACCUACUGUGUAGUAACCAAUUCGCUCCUCCGUGUUAUUAAUUAGUCAAAAUUGAACACUUUUUUUAUAAUAUGACGAUGAAAUUCAAUGUGAAAAACAUCUUUGUAUAUUAGAUUUAUUGUAACGUCAUAUAAACUACGUUUGCGUUUAUGACGCUUCUUUGUCUGUACUUUUAAUUUCUGAUAUUAAGAUUUGAAUAUGGAGUGAGUGUUGCCAUAAGCACAAUAUUGAUUUUAGAACCCAUGAUGGUGUUGGUGCUACCAUUGCGCAAGAAAUGUUUUAUAUUGCUUACUACGCUGAAGCGGUGGUGACCAUUUACAGGCAAGGGCAGUUUGUAAUUUAAUUGAAUAGAUAAACUGAAAUACAUAUCAAACAUUUUUUAUUUGUUAUAACAUUGUUAUAUAUUUUAAAAAAAUGUUUGCCUAAUUGUGUCCACAAUAAAAAAAGUUAUAUAAAGCAUUUAGAACUUCUAAAAGUAUAUAUUUAUUCAUAUAAUAUUUGAGUUACACUCUACUCAAAUUGGUAGAAUGAAACGUAAAGAAACAACGAGAUGAACAGUCAAAUAUAAUGUAAUUUUGCGUCAGUUGUGCGAAUGUGUUUGUAGUUCCGUUUUAUGUAAUGUUGCCGCAAUAAAAUAUUUUUUAAGAUGAAUUUUUUGAACAUUCCAUUAUGGUGUUAAUUAAAAUAUUAUUUAAUUA